ACUAUGGAGACCUGCAAGCACACCCACUGUCUAGAUCAGGCACAUUUCUGCUUAAUGGCAGCCCCAGAGAGCAUGGAUAAUGACAUGUAACUCAUUUUUACUGAGUAUGUGAUCAGGGCCAGCGUUAACUUACUAAAGACUUGCAGAUUUGCUUGGGACGCCAACAGGGAUUGUUAGAAACAGAAUUGUAAUAAUGAGUGAAGUGUACAGAAUUGCUUCAACUGAAAAGAUCCAGCUACUGGAAAAAACACUAGCAUCAGAUUUGGCUGAGCUAAAGACAGAAAUAGAAGAAAAUGGAGCGCUGCAAGGUGCAUCUAAUCGAAUGUACAGCUCUGUUCCAAAACCCAAGGAUGCUCUUUACUUCAGAAAUGAGAGAGAAAUGAUUUUGAAAAAAGGACUACAGGUGGCCAGUGGAAAAUCUAUUGCUAUCCAGUCUGAUAUUAUGCAGAAAGAACUGGAAAGCUGUUUAAGAAGAGAAUACACUGUGGACAAUCUGCCUCUUUUACUGCAUCAGUUUUACACAGACAGGAUCGAGCACUUGGUGAGGAGUAAAUACUUGCACUUGAUGAGAUGGAAGAGAUUUUGUCAGCACACAAGUGCCAUGGAACAGUGUUAUCCUAUUUACCAGAAGCAGGUUGGUUUUAUUAUGCAAGAAUACAAUGAUGCACUGCAGAGAGCACAGAGGUUAUCUGUUGCCAGAGACAAUUUAAUAACAGGACAGAAGAAUUCUUUACAUUUAUUGACUCUUGAAGACCUGGUCAUUUAUCUGCAAUGGUUAAUUUGCCACCUCCAUUCAGUGAAGAACAUACACAACUAUAUCCAGAUGCUCCAGUACUUGCCAGUCACGGACAAAGCUGAGUCGUUUAUAGAGAACCAAUCAGAAGAGCUGCAAGAUCAUUCCCAGUAUGGUAUUAGGUGGGGAUCUGUCUCAUCAGGCCUGCAGGAGGCUUCAGAACAAGCUGGAGUGCGCACAGAUGAGGACAUGUCACUGCCACAACACCAGACAGAAAGAAAUGAGCUAAAAUCUCUGCUUCGACACUUGUUGCCUUGCUUUAAUAUUGAGUAUGAUACAGAUGGACUUACCAGCACAGUCAGUGAGAUGGAGCUUCUGUCUCUGGUGGCAUCUAAGUUCCGAACUAUGUUCAGCAAACAGCAAACCAUGAGAACCUUUCCUGUAUAUGAUUCGGGAACAGAAACAACAGAAGGAUGGGGAUUUAAAGGCCCUAGUAUGGCAUUAAAGAAGACAGCCAGCUGGAUUCCAUAUAUCAGGGUUAAGCCAAAACGGGAUCCUUGGCAGCAAAAAUGUCUGACAAAAUUAAAACAGAACAAAAAAGUGGAUGAACUUUUACGGCUGCAGUCACAGGUUAUAGAGAUUUCAAGUGCAGAAAAAACCAUGGAGAUAUUACAAUCACAUGCAGAAAAUAUACUCAUGCCCACUCCAGUGCAGCCAGCAUCAGCCAGAAGCAGCCUGGACAUCUGGAUCAAGAUAUACAGCCCCCCAGAUUUCCCACAGGAUGUAACCCCAUGUGAUGGAUUGUUGCCAGCUCAAAUUGAUGAGAAAAACUGUGAAUUUGCCUUCAACAAGCGUCCAGUGUCAUCUAGACAAAAGAAAGAUACUGAGUAUAACUACCAAACUACCCUACAGCUAUUUGGAUUAGAAGAGGCAGAAGACAACAAUACAGAUCCUGUAAUGAUUAAAGGAGCUUACCUUUCUCUACUCUACCUGCGUCACCUAAGAAUAAGGGAGUUGCAGCGUGUCUCCCUUGGAUUCCUAAAUUAUUUCCGAUCAAUCCAGAGAACGAUGACUUUUGACACAUGUGGUCUCACUGGCAAAUCAAAUAGCUUGUCCUUCAGCACAGGAGAAGAGCCAUGCUGGAUAAAUGCAGCUCAGGGAGGAUCUGGUGUACCUGGUGGACUUGGUUCUCAUCUUUACAUGCAUAACAUACCAGCAGAUUUCAAGGUCCAGAGUUGUCACUUCAUGGAGUUCGCUGAAGUUGAGAAUCAAGAUGACUUUUAUACAACGGAAGAUGGAAUCAUCCACAUCCAGGAUCAGAGAGGGGCAUUCAUUAUGUAUGAUGUUGCUUUGGAAGAUCUGCAGGAACUGGAAGAACAAUUGCUUCUUAUGGCUACCUGCUUAAUCGAGCAAGAGAAAGGCAUCAAGUCAAAAAGGAUGGAAGGCAAUGAGCUGGAUAUUUCAUCUUGGGCACACAUAACUGUAGACCGUUUUGCCAUACUGCUAGACCUAUGGACAUGGGAGUCUGCUUUGCUAGAGAACAAAAAACAGCUUAUUGAUAGUUACUUUGAAGCCUAUCAACAUACCCUCGACAAAGAAGAGAGAUUUGCUUUGGUACAAGUGAUCACCAACAUCAUGUUCAGGCGUCCUCGGUUUGACAUUGGCUCCAAGUAUUUUCUGAAGGCUUACAGUGACGAGUGCCAAUGUUUGAGACUUCAUCUACAGCUUCUGAGAAAAAUAUUAAACAGCCAGAUAGACAGUGAAAGAGAAUUCAUUCAGAAGGUUUGGAGAAAUGGACAGAAAGGAAGUGUCUCUGAGUUUGGACUUCCGCUUAAUAUAAUUACAAAACAGCUCGUCUCACUUAACAACAGUAGUCCUGCAUUGAAGAAUGUUUAUCUGUUAGAGUUUCAUCCUUCCCUGGGAAUGGCACAUCUAAUUUCAAAAGCUGUGGACCAUGUCUGUCAAGCAUUUCUAUAUAUAUCCCAGGCAAAGACAGCAAGCGAGGCCUCCAAUGUAGAAAAACAUGUCUUACAGUUGGCAUUGGAUGAAUGGUUAGCGCUGAGAGACCCUAAAUCAUCAUUUGAUGCAAAUAUUCAGAAAGAUUUAUUUGCAGAGGUUCUGAUUGAGGACCCCCUUCUGGUUAAAGACAUCUGUCUGUCUGCCUUGGAUUCGGCAGAUGAAGAUAAAAAACAUGGAAGAAGCAAACAGAUGCUUAUUCUGGAAACAUUUGCUAAGGUUCUGGAGCUUGUUACAAUUCGGCAUCGCUUAAUUGAGACUUCAGCAGAAACAGUGCUACUCUCCGGGGCAUAUACAGCGUUUGCAGAAGAGAUGGGAUUCAGUGAGUCUCACUUAUACCUGAGACCAGUACACUUUGAGUUUGCCUCUCAUAAAGAUAAAGUGGAACAGCUCCCCCCAACUUUCAUCACUGCUAUCCUGGAAGACGACAGCUGCGUAGAUAAAUAUGCUCCAUCAACAAAUCUCCUAGCUAUUCAUGAUGUGGAUGAUAACCAGCUUGGAAAGUUUUCUUUUUGGACAAAGGAAGGAAUAUUACAGCUCCUGAAUAAAUCUGGUAUAGAGAAUAUGCAAGUGGUUCUUGCCUGUCAGCUCAGCCAGAGAAAUGCUCUGUUAGCAGCAAUUCAGCUCGGGUCUGUUUGCCACGAGGCACCGGUUUCAUUGACGAAUACUGACUUCAAGGAUAGCCGUUCCAUGGUGCAAAGAAGAAAAAGCUCUGAGGUUGAAAAAAAAUCAACUUCAUGGGCAUUAGCAGAAAGACAGAUGUCUCUAACAUCUCUGCCUCAGACAAAUGGCCACCCUUUGCAGACUUCCAGGAAUAAGAAAAGGCUUCCAGAUGCUUUUGUGUCAAUCCAGUUAGAAAAAGUGGGUCCCAGAGAUGCCAUGCUGAACAUGUUUCUACAGAAGAAACAGCUUAUGGGUACUGCAAUGAAGAACCCUGAAGAAGUUGAAAAGGUUAAAAGAGAACUUGUGACUAAUUACUGUCAAAGGUUAAAUAGCCGAACAUGCAACCACGCUCUCAGAGGACAAAUCAUUGCUUAUUGCAACAGUUUAAAAAACCUGUUGGAAGAGGUGCCGGCCAUCAGGAAAAAAUAUUUCAUUAUAGGCCAGCCUCAAAACAGAAAAUCAGGCUUUAAGGAAGCACCUCACACAGACUCCAGGAUAUUUCAAGAGCGACCAUAUAGCUUGUUGACAGAAGAUGGUCGAACUUUCCUUAAUUUAUGGUACAUUCCCUCCCCAGCAGAGGUGCUUGCCAUGUUUAAAACAUUACCAGAAAAGGCAACAUUCCGAGCUCUCUACCAAACUCUUCAAAUUGUUGCUGCUUUGCAUGACAUAGUAUCCUAUGUAUUUAGCUUUGCCCAGCUAGGAAAUUCUUGCAGCAAUUACAGGCACUCAAAGCACAAGACACUGGCUGCAGAUUGGGGUGGAACAGAAGGCAUUGGAGCAGAGUUGCUGGAGAUACAGAAGUCAAUAGAUGACCUUAGCAAUCCCCAGGAUCCCAAGGAAGUUACCGCGCUACUCCUUCUCAGACGGGAAGUAAUGUUUCUGCAGUUUGAUGCAGCAGUUCGCUACUUAAUUCGAGAAGCUUUCUUAUCUACUGGUAAUGUCCGUGCCUUCAAUGUAACCACAGACAAUAUGUAUCAUGGCCUCCCAGCUCUGAGUAAUUCUGUGCGUGCAAGUGCCUUUUCCUCUUUGCUGCCUUUGCCAGAGCCCCUCGAUCCUCACAGCUACAGAGCAUUUAUGCUUUAUCCAUGGAGGACUCUUUUAGCCAACAGCGACUUUUUUCCAUUGUCAAUAAACAAUCUACAUACCCUUGGAUACCACAUGCAGCUCUGCCUGUGUGAAAUGACAGACCAUGAGCGCAGUGUAGCACAUGGGGAGCUGGUUGGUGUAAAGCUUUUAAUGGAGGAUAUUCUUCAGAGUGACAAUACAUUGAUUUCCUUUGCCAUUGAGGGGAAUCAGGAAGCCAAGCAGACAUCACCUGAUGUUUGUGGUGCAAUUGAAGAAUCCAAAGACCCAGUCCAGAGCACCUGUAACCCAAUGCAACUUGUCCCACAUGAUCCAAUUGGCCUAUUUCAGCUGCUAAGAUCCUUCUUAAUUCUGUGGAAGCAACUGGAAGUGUUUAAAGAAAGAUGGGGGAGGCUGAAACUUCAGGUGGAGAAGAUUAAUACUGUACCUCUCUACAAACAAUUGUGUGAGCUUUAUAGAGAUGACAUUUUUUAUCCCACCAUGAAAGCCAUUGCCAGACAAAUGGGAAAAGAGGAAGAGUUUGAAGGAAUCAUUUUAAGGUCACAGAUUGUGCUUCCUCCAAAAGGAGCUUCUGAAGUUGAAAUCAGGAUUUGUCAGCUCCAUAAAAUAUUGGAAGACAUUGAGGCUCACAUGAUUCUUAAAGUAAAGAAGAAAACUGCCAAAGAGCUGACCCUGGUGAAAACGGAAAGGUCAAGAGAAGCAAGUCUUCCUACAGAGCUUUGGAAGCAAAAUGUCAUGAAUGAACAUUAUUCACCUGUCAGACCUCAAAUUGUAGAAAAAUUUGUUCAGAAUCUAAUGAGGAAACUCGAGGAUCGAACAUCUGAGGUCAUCGUUAGGAAAGACCAUUUAGAAGAUUGCCUCAAGUCUCUUGCCUGUGAUGUAAUGGAAAGAGAACGGAGUAACUUUGAGACCUACUCAAUGUUUUAUGAAAAUAUUCUUCAUCAAGAGCAUCAACUGCUUUACCAAAAGGAGCAAGAAAUGGCUGCCAUAGAUGCAAACCAGAGUCAGAUGGGAGAAACGUUCAGCAAGACAGCGGAAAUGAGCCAUGAGCUGCUGUUGGAAGUCACGGCCCUCCGAGCCAAGCUGUCAGAUCUAGAAGAAGAAUCUCAUGCCUCCAGAGAAACCAUUAGGAAAGAGAUACAAGAAGAACAUGAGGCUUUAGUAAGGUCUUUAUUUGCACAGUGUGUGUAUCUCAAGUCACAACUAGAGGAAUAUCACAUGAAAAUGAAGAAGCACAUAUGUGAACUCAUCAGUGAAGUCAGAAAAGAGGGAGUAGAUGAUAUAAUCCUACUGAAGAAUAAAUAUGGCUCUACAAAGGAUAACAAUUCACUUACUAACAAUUUGUCAAAGCAAAACAUGCUACAGUCUCUUAGAGAGGAAAACAGCAGCCUAAAAGCACUUAUCUGUAAGAUGAAAGCAUUAAACCACUGGAAAACAACUACCAAGGAAGGACAGUUACGCAAGAGCAUCAGCAAUGCUGAAAAGGAAGCUGUUCAGAACAAAAAGGUUGGCUUGAAAUUAAAGUUGAAUGUGGACCAAGAGUUGACCUUGUUACGCCAGCAGCUGAUGGUUGCAAGGACAAGUCUGACGAGGACACAGGCUGAGAACAGUCAUCUGAACCAACUGUUGAGUAAGCAGAAAGAACAGCUGAGUGGGCUAGAGCACAGGUACUCCCAGGAGAUGAGAAACAGGCAGCAGGCCGAGAGAGAGAAGUCCGCCAGUGUGGACAAGCUGAUGGGAGAUAUAGAGGACAGGGAAUCCAGGCUGCGUACUUUGACAGAAGAAGCUGAAAGGUCCUCUAGAAUGGGUCAGAUGCAUCAAAAUAAAAUCAAAAGGGAAGUUAAGCAGAUGAGAUCUCAGAUGAUACAGGAGCGCAGCUUAAAACUAGACGCCUUUCAACGAGUCGACGAACUACAGACCCAUGUCUAUGAUUUGGAAAUGUUAUCUGUAAGGAAUUCACCCACAGGUAUCAGAAAGACUUCAGCCUCUCUCGCAUCCCCCAGUGGGAGGAGCUUUUCCGCAGUCUCUUCCCCCUGGUCCUCACAAUCCACUGCUCUUGGCCAAGGUCCCAUAGGAGACUUCCUGCAGUAUUAUGUGCCACCUGAUACCAAAGCAAGUAGCCGAUUGGAAAUGAGACUGCAGAGGCCCAAAACGGUACCAAGCAGGUGCAGAAACAGAGCGGCUGGCACAGUGGUUCCCAACAUGGCUGACAGUACUUCUCAGGCAAUCCUCACACAGCUGCUUGACUUAAGGCUAAAUUUUAAGUGACCCCCAUCCUCUCUCUCUCUCUCUCUCUCUCUCUCUAUAUAUAUAUAAAAAAUAGAGAGGAAUGCAGGACCAUAAUGUGCACUAUUCAAUAAUUUAUUUAAAAGUAUUUAAAAAGUGUCUGAACUACAAAAGCUCAUCAAACAAUUCCCAAGGUGUACAGACAGUAUGAUCCCCCAGUGCAUAGAUGAUAAUGUGUGCAGUUCAUAGAUGGGUUAGAUCAGUAGAAUGUCUCCUCCAAAUUCCCAAGCCUAAUGUCGAUCUUCGUUGGCACUCGGUCCAACUUCCUCCGAGUAAAGAGCUUAAUCCAGCCUGCCCAACCAGGACUUUGCAUGCAAUUAAGACCCCAUUGUAUGGUAAUGAAAAGUAUCACAUCAAAAGUGCAGUUUUGGAAAACUAUACUCCCAAAAUGAACACUUAAGCAACAGAUAAUAUGAUAUAAACUAAGUGGCAUAUUAAAGAAUCUUACCAAACUGGUCUACAUAUUUAA